AUGAAAGGCUCCAAACGCAAGCAGCCCGCAAAGAAAAAAGCAAUCAGGCAACCCGCAGAGGAAAGGACCACCAGGCAAACCCGCUCGAAACGGAAAGUCUGCGUUCAAAAGGAACCCUCUGGGUCGGAGAAGUCUCCUCGACCUGAGAUUACCGAGGAUGAGCUCACGGCCCAUGGAAAGACAUGCUCAGAAAGUGCCCCUGCUACUUCUGAGCCAGAAGCAAAUCAUACACCAGAUUUGGAGGAAGGAAUCACUGGCUUGGAUAGAGAAGAACCGGUCAUGGAACAGCUUGGAUACCACACGCGGGUGAAUUCGUUUCUGGAAGGCGGCCCCGCAGGCUGGAUCGAUGGCGUGCCCGGUAACUGGCCCAGUAUGUUCAACAACCUGUACGCCUUUACGUCAGGAUUUCCACUGUCAUUCGGGAUUGAAAUGGAGGAUUUCAACAAAUUGCCCAAGGAGGACAGACAAGCGAUCCUCGAGAGCGUAAAGGGGUAUGUGAUUCAAGGAGACGUGGACGAAGUAGCCGCGCAGUUCUCAGAAAACACGUAUGAUACAUUUUCUGAAUGUUUGCUGUCCGCGUUUCUCUCGGACUAUGUCCUUAGAGCACUUUGGGGGGGCAACGGUCGGUUUUGGUGGUUGGAGUCUGACACGCGGGCCAAAGACACACAAAAUGUGCCAUCUGCAUUUGGAGGACAGCUCAACAGCCUGUACCAAGAGUUUGUCAAAGCUCACAGGCAUUUUGCUUAUGUUUGGGCAAUGAUGACCAUCCGCCUAUCCACCAUUACCGACAUGGAGCGAGGCAGAGACUACACCUUUGGAAAGUCUAUGGAUGAGCGCCGACGGUCUCUUAUUCGAUCUACCAUCAUUCCUGAUCUCCUCUCCAAGAAGACAAUGCAGCUCUUGCUGAAAGACGCCAAGUCGCCUGCCGUUUCGGAUAGGCUGCAGGAAGGGCUUGAAACGCAGGCAGAGAAUGCAGCUCUGAUGUAUUCCUACCCUUACGCUAUCAGGUUUGAAGGCAUUGAGCUGCCGUCCAAUUAUGUCGAUCUUCCCGAGCGCGUGCGGACCGAAUACAAACAUUACUUCAAGGGAGACGAUGACUCGCCAUUGCACGGGAAGAAAGUGCUGGGAAUCAGGCAGCCCGCUAUUUAUCGACAAGGGACGUUCCGCUCACCCAACGAUGAGGUGCUCAUCUCACCAGGAACAUUCGUUAUCAAUUGGAAUUACCAGGAUGGUCGUGAUAUAGGAAAGUAGGAGGGCCGAUAGAACACAGCAGCUUUUGUCCGGGAAUGCUUUGGGAGUGUUGGAAGUCCUCCAGGAAAGACGAGCCUCGCGGGG